GUCAGUAACACAUGUGUGCGGGGCGCGGAGGCAGCGAGUGAGCCCGCCCGAGGCCAGCGCCGCCGCCGAGCAGCGCAGCGGCGACCCGGGCAGCAGCCCCGGCAGCGGCGCAGCCUCCCGCGCGCCGGGCCCGGCGGCCGCAGCUCCCUCCCCGCCUCCUGGCGGCCCGCCCCCCGGUCCCCGCACCCGCACCCGCCGCUCCCGGAGCUGUUGUUUCUGCAGCGGCUGCUCCGCGGCCGGAGGCGCAGGAGUCUCGGCCGUGCGGCCGCCGCCGGCCCGGAGCGAGCGGGCGCGCGGGAGGGAGGAAGGCGGCGGCGGCGGCGGAGGAGGAGGAGGAGCGGGCGGCGCGGGCGCGGGCGGGGGCGGGGGCGCCGGGCGGGGAAGCUACAAAGUGGAGCCACAUUGCCAAACUUGCAGCCGCGAUUGCAGCAGUUGCUGCCGCUGCGCCCGCGCCUGAGCCGCGCCGCGCGGGCCGAGGGCUCCCUCCGCCGCUGUCGCGCCGAGCCGGAGGCGGACGGAGGACCAGGACUGAGACGGACACUUCUGUGCCCGGCCGCCUGCCGCGGACGCGGGGGUCCCCCCAGCCCGGCUUCAGAGCAACGCGUUAAAAAAAAAAAAAAAAAAAAAAAAAAGCCUGUAGCCCCAUCCUCCCCUUUCCUGGUUCUGCAAGUGCUCCCCCUCCCUCCGGCCGAGGCGCCCCUUCCUUGGAAGCCGAGCGGCUCCGCUCGCUCGCAUUUCGCCGCCGCCGCCGCCUCUCGCAGUGUUCCAAUAUAGGGGAGAAGCAGACCAUGGUGAACCCGGGCAGCAGCUCGCAGCCGCCCCCGGUGACGGCCGGCUCCCUCUCCUGGAAGCGCUGCGCAGGCUGCGGGGGCAAGAUCGCGGACCGCUUUCUGCUCUAUGCCAUGGACAGCUACUGGCACAGCCGCUGCCUCAAGUGCUCCUGCUGCCAGGCGCAGCUGGGCGACAUCGGCACGUCCUGCUACACCAAGAGUGGCAUGAUCCUUUGCAGAAAUGACUACAUUAGGUUAUUUGGGAAUAGCGGUGCUUGCAGCGCGUGUGGACAGUCGAUUCCUGCGAGCGAACUCGUCAUGAGGGCCCAAGGCAAUGUGUAUCAUCUUAAGUGUUUUACAUGCUCUACCUGCCGGAAUCGCCUGGUCCCGGGAGAUCGGUUUCACUACAUCAAUGGCAGUUUAUUUUGUGAACAUGAUAGACCUACAGCUCUCAUCAAUGGCCAUUUGAAUUCACUUCAGAGCAAUCCACUACUGCCAGACCAGAAGGUCUGCUAAAAGGUCAGAGUAAUGCAGAAUGCGUGCCUUCAUCUCAGAUUUUGCUCAUCACAGGUGGAUCCCAUGUGUCUUCAGUAGACAAGUCACCUUUGUAGCUAGCACCAGUGCCAGCUCCAUGCCAUUGCACCUUCUUUAGUCUUGAUUGCCCUUCCUGCAUUUAUUGGUGUAUUAAAAUGACUGAAUAUGAACAUUAAGGACUCCAUGAACCUGGGCUAAUGGGAGACUGUAGAGAAAAUGAAAAAAGAUCCACCAGAGGACAUUUGGGGGGUGGGGGGGAGGGAGCUGGGGAGGAGGGAAAUGACUAAUGAAGCUAAUUAAAAGAAGCAUUCAAAUCUGCUUUCUACCCUCAUUAACAAUUAGCAGGGCACUGGCCAGAGUUUGUACCCUGUGUUUUACCUUAACAACAUUCUAUUUGCUCUUUGUAUAUUUAAGUGUCGUAAGGAAAUGUGUUUCAAUCAAAACUGAACAUGGGAUAAAGAGAUGUGGCUUUUGUGAUAUUCUAUCACAAACACUUUUAUUGUAUCUCUGUAAAAUACAAUGUAUGUAUGCAUGUAAGUGUUUUCGUCCUAAUGUUGCUACUCCCAUGGCGAAGAAAAAGAACAAAAAAUGGAAAAAAAAAAAAUCGGAAAAAAACAAACAAAAAAAAAACAGGCUCAUAGCAGCUACUGUGUAGAAAUUUCCCCCUACUUCUAAUUUGCUGAAUGAAGAAAAAAAAAAUCUUUUAUUUGUGAUAUUUUCAGAGACAUUUGCUCUAGUAUGGUGUAUUUAAAUAAUAAAAACUUAAAAGAAAAAAUA